CAAAAAACCAAUUCACAUUCCCCACUUUCUCCAUCUCCCCAUCUCUCUCCUCCCAUAAAAAGAGAGAGAAACAGAAAAUGUUGGUCUAGAAAAAAGAAGUUGAACAGAGAUUUGGAAGCUCUGGUGAAGUUCAGAACUUAAAAAAAAAUAAUGAGUUUGUGGAAUUAACAAUUAAGUAAAAGCAAAGUGUAGAAGAAGAUGACAACAAGGAAUGGAGAAGAAGAACAACACCAUACAUCAAUAAGAUUACCCCCAUCAUCAACAGCAACAGCAAAUAAUCAUCAUCAUCCCCCAAAUCACAGCAAUAGAUAUUACCCAACUCAUAACUACCCAACACAUUCAACAUCAUCAUCAAGAGCAUCAUUCAAAGGCUGUUGUUGUUGUUUAUUUCUCCUCUUAACAUUUCUAGGUUUACUAGUACUUGCUGUAAUACUAAUCAUAGUUUUAGCAGUAAAACCCAAAAAACCUCAAUACGAAUUACAACAAGUUAGUGUUCAGUAUGUUGGUAUAGCAGCAGCAACAUCAGGUGGUGCAAUAUCAAGUAACAGUAUAGUACCAUCAGCAUCAUUAUCGUUCAAUAUCAAGAUGAUUUUCACGGCUGUAAAUCCUAAUAAGGUAGGGAUUCAAUAUAGUCCGACUCAAUUUGAUGUGAUGUAUAGAGGUGUUCCUCUUGGAAGAGCUUCGAUUCCUGGAUUUGAUCAGCCUGCUCAUAGUGUUAGACAAGUUCAGACUACUAUUAGUGUUGAUAGAGUUAAUUUGCUCCAAGCUGAAGCUACUGAUUUGGUUAAAGAUGCUACUCUUUAUGAUCGUGUUGAGCUUAGGAUUACUGGCGAUGUUGGUGCUAAGAUCCGUCUUCUGGGUAUCACUUCCCCUAAAGUUAAGGUAUCAGUGGACUGUGCAAUAGUGAUUAGUCCAAGGAAGAGUUCUUUGACAUACAAACAAUGUGGUGUUGAUGGGUUGAAUGUCUAGUGAAGAAAGCAUCUCAAGGUGAACCUAAGCUGCAUCAUCAACUUUGGAUUGGAAUUUUUAACAUCCUUUUUAUUUAGAGAGAAAAAGAAGAAGAAAGGGAGAAACCCUUGUUCUACCACCUUAUGUUGUCCACUUUAUGAGCAAAGUGAAUCAAAAGGUCGAUAAAAUUGAAAGUAAAGAGAGACAGAGAGGAAAAAAAAGAAAGAAAGGAAGCUCUCUGUUGAAUAGGAGUACAUCUCAUGAUUUGAGAAAUGCGAGCUUUUUUUUGCCCAUCUUAUUAUUAUUGUUUAUUUAUUAUUGCAAAACUAGUGAAUUGUUCCUUGCCUUUAGUAUAUAGUAUAUCCAAGUGCUGGUUUAUUCUUA